AUGUCUUUCCCCGUCGAGAAGAGCUCCAGCGAAUGGCGCGCCCAGCUCAACCCAGAACAAUUCAAAAUCCUGCGCCAAAAAGGCACCGAGCCCGCCUUCUCCGGCAAAUACGAUAAGCACUACCCGGCCGAGGGCGUGUACGCGUGUGCCGCGUGCGCCGCCCCCCUCUACACCGCCAACCAGAAGUUCAAGUCCGGCUGCGGCUGGCCUGCCUUCUUCGACACCAUCCCCGGCGCCGUCACCCGCCACACCGACCGCACUCUCGGCAUGGAGCGCACCGAGAUUGUGUGCAGCAACUGCGGCGGACAUCUGGGGCACGUGUUCAAGGGCGAGGGCUUCCCGACGCCCACUGACGAAAGGCAUUGUGUCAACAGUGUCAGUUUGAAGUUUCAGGACAGCGACCCUGUGAAGGAGUCGAAGGCUUAG